ACAGUUACCGAUCUAAUUAAAUGCUAAUCGAAAAUCAGAAACGCGUUUUCGACUAGGAAGGAUUACUUAACUGGAGUUUUAUGUUGAUUAUCUGUGGCAUAAUCCCAUGACACACUAGGAUGCUGGCUUUUGAACGCCUUCCUUUUAAGCCAUCUGUAAAACUGUACUAGGCAAAAAAGUUUGCAUAAAUAGUAUGCAUUUUCCACAUCGUGUUUCAGUAUCCUGUUUAGUCCGAAAUUAUUUUGCAGUAAAACAUGCACAAAAAUAUUCUGAGUUCACCGUUGAUAAUAAAUUCCGUCCUCUUUAAAUUUUAUGCCCUAAAAUGCAGUCUAUCGAGCUUAAGAGUUCCUAAUUGGGGAAUUUUUCUAAAACCCUUCGACGUCCAUUCGAAAAGCAUCGUAUCCGUCUGUUUAGUAUUUAUCCUCACUUAAUGUAAAACACACUCUACGUCCGUUGUAAUAUUUUAUUAGCCUCAUUUAGUAUUUUUUUGAUGGCAUAAAGGAGUGCAUGUCUCUCUUUAAACAAGAAGUAUACAGCUUGUGGACUGAAAACCUUAAACAAAAAUACAGCGGCAGAUCAAGUUAAAAAGUAUUCAGAAUAGAACUUUUCUAAACCAAAAUAUAUCAUUUCGAGGAGUGUAGAUUUUGAAGAAGACGUGAUUAGCUACCGCAUAAAUACAAGGGAGAAUCUUUUUAUCGAGGUUUUCUUAGGCUUAUAUUUGGAUUUACAAAAGCAUCGAAAAUCGAUAGAGAAAAUGCAUUCUACUGAAGUAAUCAUUUUUAUUGAGUGCAGUUUUUGUAGGCUGUUGAAAAGGAAGCGCAUUCAAAGGCCAACACCCUGGCGUGUGUUAAAUAUUAAGGGAUUACGUAGUCAGACAGUCAAUAUUACAACCCUAUCUAAGUAAUCCUUUCUAAUAGAAAACGCAUUUCAGAAUUUGGGUUAACAUUUCAUGCGAUCGGUCACUGGCUGUACUUUUACACUUUCUUGUUUUAAUCAGAUUAAACGACCCCGGUUAAAACUUGUAGUGCCGCGGUAAUCCUAGCCAUAAAGAUUGUGUUUACCUGGUCUUAGUUAUCAGUAAAAUUAAGCAAUUUAUUUGCAUCCAGCGUUAUUUAUUUAAGUUAAAAGCACUAACCAUAAACAAAAUCUAAUAUAAAAACCACAUUACUGGGAAAAAUUUUUGCAGCAGUUAUAAUACUUUCUCCUCUUUUUUGAGUUCAGCACAGGAUGGGGACGACUUUUCUCAACAUCAUCCUCACAAAGAGACAUUCUAGGCCCGGAAAAAGGCCAAAUGAGGUCAUACAAAGCGAUCUGUCCUGAUUGACGGACGAGUGUGGGCCGAUUUGGUGUCGCGUUGGAGAUCCGGUCUGGAAGUCUGGCGGGCCGUCACAGUUUGCCGAUCAGUCAGAGAUCGGUUCCAUAUACGGUCUUUACGGCCAGGGAUUUCAAGACGGUUGGAUGAUGAUGAUGAUGGUGGUGGUGGUGGUGCUGCUGCUGCUGCUGCUGCUGCUGCUGCUGCUGCUGAUGAUGAUGAUGAUGAUGAUGAUGAUGAUGAUGAUGAUGAUGAUGAUGAUGCUGAUGAUGAUGAUGAUGAUGAUGAUGAUGAUGAUGAUGAUGAUGAUGAUGAUGAUGAUGAUGAUGAUGAUGGUGAUGAUGAUGAUGAUGAUGAUGAUGAUGAUGAUGAUGAUGAUGAUGAUGAUGAUGAUGAUGAUGAUGAUGAUGAUGAUGAUGAUGAUGAUGAUGAUGAUGAUGAUGAUGGCAAAUGA